AUGUCUAUGUUCCGAUCGAAGAGGCUCGACCUGGGCUGCUUCGUCAACAUCAAAGUCAUCCGCGACCACACCAAGCGGAAAGUCUUCGCCGAGCACGAACCAGAGAGACAAGCUCUCCGCUACAUCAUCCGCAAUCUUACACUUCCUGCUCGAACCCGCGCGCAAGCACAGCUGCAGCUGUCGCAGAUGCAUUGCUAUACCCGCGCUACGCAGAUCCGCAAUCGUUGUAUAGAGGGUGGCAAAGGAAGGGGUGUGUUGAGGGAUUUCAAGAUGACGAGAUACAAUUUCAGAGUCAAUGCUCUGUCUGGAUCAUUACCGGGUGUGAAGAAGGCUAGUUGGUAG